GGAGCCGGGCGCGCCACUGCGCAGUGGAACCAGCGAAGCAGAGAGAGCCAGGGAGAGGUGGGGGGGUGUGGGGGGGAAGGAGGAGGAGGGGCGGGGGAGGCGGAGGAGGAGGAGGAGGAAGGGAAGAAGGGGGAGGGAGAGAGUGUGCAGGAGGCGGCGAGCUUCAGACACACAGACACAGACACACACACACACACACACUCACGCAUCCACGGGAGCUAGGUCCGCGAGUAGAGGGAGGUGAGAGCCAAUACAGGCGGGAGGCAGGAGCUGCUCGGAUCCUCCUUUGCCCUCCUCGCUCUCCCGGAGUCUUACCCUCCCCUCGGGAUUGCAAAGCACCGGAGCCCGGCUCCAGAAGCCAAAGGCAAAGACCAAGAAGGAUACUCCGCGUUAAAAGAAAAAAAAAAUUCCCCUCUGCCUCCUCUUGCAAAGCAAAGCCUGCUGGUCUCCUCCCUCCCCAGAAGAAGGAGGAAAAAAAAAACCCAAAAGGGAGGAGAAAAUAGGCGAGAAGGGAGUCCGAGCUUUUUUUCUACCUCGCUGCUUGCUGCUCGGUGCAUUGGGAGGAAAAUAAAAGUCGGAUGAACCACAGGAGAAGAGAAGGAGGCGGAAAGUAAGCAGCCACCCUCGAGGGAGCCCCGAGCCCAGACAAGCGACUGCCUGCCGUGCUUUUUUUUUUUGAUCUUCCCUCCUCCUUUUCCUCCUCCUCCUCCUCCUCCUCCUCCUGCUUGCUUGCGUGUCUGCAGCCGAGGCGAGGAGCUUGGGUGAGGAGCAGCCCCGAGAGGAGGAAGACACGGCUGCAGUUGCGUUUGCUAGAGAGCCAGCGAGCCUGCGAGCUAGAGAGCGAAGCUGUCGCCAGUCUCACCUCCUGUCAGCCUCGGCAUCACCCUCUCAGACCUGUUUUUUUUCUCUUGUCUCCCUCCUGCCAGCGGUGGAGCCUGGAGGAAGUGGGGACGGGGUCGGAGAGGGGGGCAGCAAGGCUACCUCAGAUCCACCUCGGAAAAACCAGGAGAGCCAGUGAAGGCUGGUGUAUUUUUUUUGGAGGGGGGAGGAGUGGGUGGCUCGUGUUUUUUUUUUUCUUCUUUCGCUUGGGAGGUGUAGGAGGGAGGAAAGACGAGAGACUCACUUAAAAUAAUAAUCAGACGAGCAUGGUGGAAGCAGCCGAUUCAAAGCUUUCUUUGGAUUAAAAAAAGAUACGUAUACACAUAUAUAUGUAUUUUUGGCAGAAGAAAAGGAGAGGAACGAACGGAGCUCCUGGAAGAAAAAAAAAGGAUGUUAACUCUUGGAUACAUUUUUUUCCACCACAAAAUUUUUUGUGAUACUUUGUAAACGUCUCCCCCUCUUUUUUUAUUUGAAAACUCCAAUACAACUGGACGUCCCCAGGGCUGCGCCUUGCAGCGGUGAUUGUUUUUAAUUUUUAUUUUGAAUAUUGGGACUUUUUUCCCUUUUUAAUUGAAAAAUAAUUCUUGUAGCCAGGCACCUCAUGCAGGGUGAAAUUUACUUUCUUCCCCUCCCCCGAACCUUCGUGUGGAUGGAAUUCGUGGAGAUCCGGUUACUAAGGAUAUAGUGCAAAAAAAAUUUUUUUAAAUCGCGUGCCUGCCUUUUAAAAAAAAAUUGCCAGCUUCUCACCCCCAAAUUAAGUUGCUUAAAGGAGAAAAGAACAUUUUCUCCUGACUCAAUUGAAGAAACAAAAACCUUAAUUUUCCUUUUCCUGAGGUUCUUAGCCGAGUAAGGAGUCGAGGCUGGAGGUGUUGACAUUAAAAAACUACUCCUCUUCGUUCUGCAUUUGGGGGGCAGUGAGGAGAGAAAGGAGAACUACCCCGCCUGAAUCCCCGUUUUUUCUCCGUUUUCCUUUGUAUCCUUCCUUGGUCAGCCCGGUCUGUUUCCUUUGCGAGGCUGGGCGAGACGACCUGAAUCGGGUGCCAGUGGAGCGGGGUGGGGAAGCCGGAGAGGAGCGGUCCCUCCCCUGCCAGGCCCCCCCAAACCCCCCCACUCCCUUCGGGCUCCGAGAGACUGGCGCAUGUUACGGAGCGUCCCUCCUGCCGCUGCCGCUCCUGCCCGGGCUCCUGCUGCUGCUGCUGCUGCUGCUGCCGCCUGCGACUGCUGCCCCAACUCGGCGCCCAAAUUCUUCAUGGUGUGCGGAGGUCAUGUUCGCUCCUUAGCCGGGAAACGACUUUUCUCCUCGCCUCCUCGUCCCGCAUGUUCAGGACCAAACGAUCGGUGCUCGUCCGGCGUCUCUGGAGGAGCCGUGCGCCCGGCGGGGAGGACGAGGAGGAGGGCGCAGGAGGAGGCGGAGGAGGAGGAGGAGGAGGAGGGGAGCCGAGGGGGGAAGGGGCGACGGACAGCCGGGCGCAUGGGGCUGGAGGAGGAGGAGGAGGCGCUGGUAGGGGUGGCUGUUGCCUGGGCAAGUCGGUCAAAGGUGCCAAAGGUCACCACCACCACCAUCACCAUCACCCCUCUUUGGGCUCCGGCACUGCCGGGGGCUCGGAGGCGGAAUUGAAGGCUCUAACCCACUCGGUGUUGAAGAAACUGAAGGAGCGGCAGCUGGAGUUGUUACUGCAGGCAGUGGAGUCCCGCGGGGGCACCCGCACUGCCUGCCUCCUCCUGCCUGGCAGAGUGGACUCCAGGCUGGCGCUGGGGCAGGGGCCGCCCGCGUCCCCUCUCCAGACUCAGCCUACCCAGCCUCAACCGCCGCCGCCGCUGUCUUACUCGCUCCCCUUGUUGUUGUGCAAAGUGUUCAGGUGGCCAGAUCUCAGGCAUUCCUCGGAAGUCAAGAGGUUGUGUUGCUGUGAAUCUUACGGGAAGAACAACCCGGAGUUGGUCUGCUGCAACCCUCACCACCUUAGCAGACUCUGCGAACUAGAGUCUCCCCCUCCUCCCUACUCCAGAUACCCAAUGGAUUUUCUCAAACCAACUGCAGAGUGUCCAGAUGCUGUGCCUUCCUCUACUGAAACAGGGGGAACUAAUUAUCUGGCCCCUGGGGGGCUUUCAGAUUCCCAACUUCUUCAGGAGCCUGGGGAUCAGUCACACUGGUGCGUGGUAGCAUAUUGGGAGGAGAAAACAAGAGUGGGUCGGCUCUACUCUGUCCAAGAGCCCUCCCUGGAUAUCUUCUAUGAUCUACCUCAGGGGAAUGGCUUUUGCCUCGGACAGCUCAAUUCGGACAACAAGAGUCAGCUGGUACAAAAAGUCCGUAGCAAAAUUGGCUGCGGCAUCCAGUUGACUAGAGAAGUAGACGGCGUGUGGGUGUAUAACCGUAGUAGUUACCCGAUCUUUAUCAAGUCGGCCACACUGGAUAACCCCGACUCCAGGACGUUGUUGGUGCACAAGGUGUUCCCGGGUUUUUCCAUCAAGGCUUUUGACUAUGAGAAAGCAUACAGUUUGCAGCGGCCCAAUGACCAUGAGUUCAUGCAACAACCAUGGACAGGCUUCACCGUGCAGAUCAGCUUCGUGAAAGGCUGGGGCCAGUGUUACACAAGGCAGUUCAUCAGCAGCUGCCCAUGCUGGUUGGAGGUCAUAUUCAACAACCGAUAACGCAACAGGAACCGGAGGGGACUAGAUGACGUUUAAAACUACUUUGCUGCUAAUAUUUUCCUUCUGAGUGCUUGCUUUUCAUGUAAACUCUUUGGUUGUUUUAUUUUUUAAUUGUUGUUUAUGGUUUUCUGUUUGUUUUGUUCUCGAGAAAUAGCUUAUGGAAAGAAUUUGGUUUGGGUGGGGGAGGAAAGUAGGGGGAGGGGGGCUACCUGGCCAGUUGAGAAUUUAAAAGGGGAAUAAAAACCAACGACAUCAGACAAAAGGUAUAAAUGACCAAUGAGUCAGAAGAGAAAAGAGGGGAGUCACUUUCCCUCUCCCAAAUCACCAUUUCACAUGUCUAAUCUGUAUGGGCCAGAGGGGGACAAUUCUGCAAGGGGAGAAGAACACGGACACUUUGUGAUACAGAGGGAGGGUAUUUCCCUCAAGAAAAAGCCUCAGUAAGAACCCAGGGCCAUAAUAUGUAUUGCUCUUUAGCUCUUUGGAAAUGCUUGAGGGGUUGGGAUGUUAGUGCCCUAUUGGGUUCUAUCAGUUGGUUAGGUGUUCCCAUACACUAAGGCCACCAACAGGAUAGAGCUCCCUUCACCUGGCCCUUCCCCAGGUACUUCUCCCCCUUUAUUAAGUGGCUUGGAAUAGAAGGCCAAGGGCCCACGCACACACAGGUCUCUUGGAAACAAAUGGCAAGACUUUGAACCAGAACCAAUACUUUCAUCCUCAGCAUCCUAACCUUUUGCCACCUUCACUGCUGCCAUAAUUGUGUUUUUUUCCCCUUCUUCCCCCCCACCCCUGUUGUCCCCAACAUCUUGGUUUUUCUGUGAGAUUGACUUCCCUGAAGUGCCCACUUUCCCAGGCCCACUAUUCCUCCCAUGUGAGAAAAUCAACUCCGUCUCCUCCCCCCAACCACACCACACUGUUUAGACCAGUGAGUUGGGGAGGAGAGGGAAAGAGAAGAUCACUAAAUGGGAAGGAAUGGGAACUAACUAACCUCCUGCUUUCCUCUUUCCACUGUCCCUUCAAUGGUCCAUCUUAACCCAAAGCCGGUUAUCAAGGUACCACUUGUGUCCCAGAAUACUGUGUUUUCAUUUCUUCUACAACUCAUACACUUGUAUGAUACUUUUACACUGUUCUUAGCUCAAUGAGCAUGUUUAGACCUUAACAUAAGCUAUUUUUCUAACUACAAAGGUUUAAAUGAACAAGAGAAGCAUUCUCAUUGGAACUUUAGCAUUGUAGUGCUUGGUGAGAGAGAAAGGACUCCUGAAAAAAACUGAGAUUUAUUAAAGAAAAAUGUAUUUUAUGUUAUAUAUAAAUAUAUUAUUACUUGUAAAUACAAAGACGUUUUAUAAGCAUCAUUAUUUAUGUAUUGUGCAAUGUGUAUAAACAAGAAAAAUAAAGAAAGAUGCACUUUGCUUUAAUAUAAAUGCAAAUAACAAAUGCCAAAUUAAAAAAAAGAUAAACACGAGAUUGGUGUUUUUUCUAUGGGUGUUAUCACCUAGCUGAAUGUUUUUCUAAAGGAGUUUAUGUUCCAUUAAACAAUUUUUAAACUGUACACUUGA